GGGCGGGCCGGAAAACAGCUUCUGAAACGCGCGGGGUUGCAGGAGCGGUGAGCAACCUUUUCCUGGACUCGGAGACUGCCUGGCAUCCUCCGGUACCGGACAGGAAGGAGAGCAGUCGACCGAGCGGGGUCGAGCGGGGCCGAGCGAGGCUGAGCGUUUCCUGGAGCUGUCCCCUGCAGAGGGGAGAGAGAUGGCUGACCCUGAGAGCCGGUGGUCACAGAGUGGCAGGAAGAUCAAAAUGGAAGGACUGUCUGAUGUUGCCUUUGUUUCAACUAAACUUCAGAACACUCUGAUCCAGUAUCACAGCAUUGAAGAAGAUCACUGGCGAGUUGCCAAGAAAGUGAAAGAUGUAACAGUUUGGAGGAAACCCUCAGCAGAGUUCAGUGGCUAUCUAUAUAAAGCUCAAGGAGUUAUGGAUGACGUAGUCAAUAAUGUCAUAGAUCACAUACGCCCAGGGCCCUGGCGCUUGGACUGGGACCGGUUAAUGACUUCAUUGGAUAUUUUGGAGCACUUUGAAGAGAAUUGUUGUGUGAUGCGUUACACCACUGCUGGGCAGCUUCUAAAUAUUAUUUCCCCAAGAGAAUUUGUUGACUUCUCCUAUACUGUGGGCUAUGAAGAAGGACUUUUAUCCUGUGGGGUAAGUGUUGAAUGGAGUGAGACGAGACCAGAGUUUGUCCGUGGCUAUAACCAUCCCUGCGGCUGGUUCUGUGUUCCACUCAAAGACAAUCCAAACCAGAGUCUCCUGACAGGCUAUAUUCAGACGGACCUGCGUGGCAUGAUCCCUCAGUCUGCAGUAGACACAGCAAUGGCAAGCACGUUAGCCAACUUCUACAGUGAUUUGCGAAAAGCUUUACAGAAGGCAUAAUGUGUUCAACUCAUAGUGCCUUGGUUUGCUGACUCUGCUCUUUCCCCUCAGCUACGUGACCUGUAGAAGCCAUCAGUUCCUGCCUGCUGUGGCAGCCUGUGAAAACUCUGGAGGUGUUAUAGGCGCCAGAGUACAAUCUCAGUUUCUAUUAAAAGUGAAUAGCUAUGUAAAUAGGGCAUUUAGAAUUUCUUAAAAGUUUUAUUUGCACCUUGUUUGGUUGUGAAAGUGUGUCUGUGAAUGGAAAGGAUGAAAUGCCAAGAUUUAGGUACAGGCUAAGUGUAGUCUAUUCACACACGGGUCAAAUAGUACCUUGGGAGGAAGCUUUUGGCUGCUUAAAAAUUACAAAGUGUGCAAACUCAAUGCUAUUCACAUUAUUUUGGAGCUUCUUGGACAUUUUGUAGAAUUAUAAUGGUUCCUGAUGUAAAUGUUCAUUUCUCUUGCUGUGCUCUGUGAGUUUGCCAAUAGCUUGGACAAAAGGGACAAGUCCGCCUUAGUCUGUAAAGAUGAAGGUCACUAUGCAUUGACUUGUGCUGUUUUAAACAUUAGAAAGACCACAGGUGAGAAGAAUGGCCAUUCUUGUAACCAUAGGCACAAGUCAAUAGCAUUUCAUUUUGAUAUCUAGGUAAUGUUCUUCUGCAAAGUUUAUAAAAACAUACUUGUGUCCUUACGUGCAUUUGUUCUGGGAGUGACUGGAAACAGCCAGAUAUGCACUGGUGACAUCACACUGAGCAGUAGCAGUCACUGGAGAAACCACCUGGUGCUGUCCCUUCGGCACCAGCAAACGGCCAGUACUAAAAAGUCAGAUUCAAUGACUGUUCGAUACAUAUUUCAGCUUGAAGCUACAAACUGCAUGCUAAACAAUUCAGUUUUGCUGUAACUUCGAUCUGGAAUUGUAGCAGAAGCAUCACUAGAUCAGCCAGGUGUGUAGAUGUCCUGGUGUGACCAGAAUGAAGCGUGAGUGGAGCUGUUUUAUGUGAACAUCCCUUCAUGGCUAGGACAUUCCAAAUCAUUCUUUGACUUUUGAAUGUCCACCUAGUUUAUUUGUAAAAUGGACAUCUGCGGUAACUCAGUGUCCACACCCAUUCUGUGUUUGUGUGGACACGCAACACUGAGUUCUGUAUGUGUUACUGCUUCUGCUUCUCUCUGGCCUUCCUUCUCAUCAGCUUAGCCCUCCAGGCCUCCAGAGUGAGGAGGUCAUUCGCUGCUGAGCGGAGACCCACUGCAAGUAAAACAACCCUUGUGGAAAUGUUUGCAUUGCUGUUGUGAGUUUCACUGUGGGUUCGGAGCUUACAUGCGAGCUGUCUGAAACUUCCGUCCAUUAAUGUAGAGUUUGCAUAAUCUACAGUUUACCUGUGGUAAAAAUGUGAGUGUUCUUUAAAAAACAUUUUGAAGAGUUGUGCAGCCAUCACCACUGUGCAGUUGAGGACGUUUCUGUCACCCCAAAGAUCCCAUUUUUUUCCUGUAUAUACUGUGUAUAGUCAGCUAACCAGCAUUGAUCCCAGUUGCCAGUAUAGGGAGUGGAUAAGAAAGAUGACAUCAGAGUUUUACUAGGUUUUACUUCUGAGAGUAGAGGUGUGUGUGCAUUUGUGUGUGGGUGUGGGUGUGAAUUUAAGCUCAGGAACAUUUGUAUGUUUUAAGUGUGUUAUCUUGAGUAUUGUAAAUAUAAAAAUGAUAUGAAAUGAGGAUGAUACUUGCAUAGUUGGAUCUGCUGCUUCUGAAGCAGUCCUAGUACAGACAAAUAAUACAAGCCAUAUAUAUGUAACUUAAAGUAUCCUAGAGGCUGGGGAGGAGUCAGUACUGAAAGAACAUUUGCUGCUCUUGCAGAAGCACCCACAGGGUAGGGGCUGGGGCUUACAGCUGUCCAUAGCUCCAGUUCUGGAGGAUCUUGCACCCUCUGACCUCUGGAGACACAAGGCAUGUACAUAGUGCACACACACACACACACACACACAUAGAAAGAAAAAAAUACACAUCUGAAACUCAAUGUAGCAAUGUUUUCUUUGACUCUCUAUCCAAAGUAUUUCAGGACACAGCUGAUGUCAAAGGUGUUGAGAUACCUCACGGUGUCUGUUAACUCUUUGAGCAGGGUGGGUAUUUUACUGCUGUGGACUCGACAUACUUCAAGCACUCAUUAUCCACACGAGGCCUGCAGCUGUUAUAAUGAGUCACUCAAGCCUACACAGUACCUUUCAUUUACCUUGCUGUAAGACGAAGUGGACAGUUCACGAAUUGCUUGCUUCAACAGAACCUUUUACAGCUGAGCACUUUCAGUGCUUGCUGCACAAGACGUCUACUUUAGAAAUGUACAUACAAAAACUACUGAUUCCCAGCAAAUGAAAAAUUAUUGCCUCAAAAUUAUUUUCACUAAAAGUAACUUUUGAUAGGCCAGUGAAGGAAAAGUAUAACCUGUCACAUUCCUGUGUGGAUGCGCGUUUCCUGUCGCUUACAGCUUGCUAAGGAAAUGUGUGUCACACUUUGGAAAUGCACACCGUAGUGUCCUGUUCAGGAGACACUGUUCUUUUUAGAUGAAAUUAGUUUCAUAUAAGUGGCAUUUUGGUAGGAAAUACUGGUUUUGUUUAAAAAAAAAGUCUUGAUUACUCUUCAAUAAUUAAAGCAAUACUCAGCAAAAAAUAAUAGUAGUAAUAUUCUUAGUUUUCUGUGCUAUAAACCACUGGGGUAUUAUAAACAUCAGUAUUUCUUUCCUGUUCCAUGCACACAAUGGGUGUAUUUGGAACUGAGGGUUCCCAAGUGUAAAACUGUGUCCUAGUUAACAGAAUGUUUCCCAUUCAUCUACCUGUCUUUUCUACUUGAGGAUCAUUUGACUAGUACUUAGUGAACUAAACUAAUGUCUCAAGGUAAGACUGUACCUUUAUCUGGAGAAGCAGAGAAAACACCCCAGCCUUUGUCCCUCGUUGUCUCUAACUGUUAGGUCUGGGAAAUCUUUUUUACUGUGGAUGGCAGCUUUGUGUGUUUGUGAAAGCACAUAGCCUCUUGAGGACCAGAUGCUAAGUUAAAUGGCUGUUGUAGCUCUCUGAACCCAAAAGAGAAGCCACCAAAACCAAAGAAGUUAAUGGAAAUCUGGAUUUGAUUAGGACUCCUUUAAAACUUACAUGGACCCUUGUCCAGGCCCUUCCACCUGUCCUUCUUUUCCUGUGGUGCCGAGGCCUGGUGCAUGCUGGGACUGAGCUACACUUCUGGCCCCAUGGUGAGCACACUGGACAUGUAGAGUAUAGGGUGGUGAAAUCUGAGCAUAGAAGCGUGAGCUCCUUCUACAGUGCAGGACUGGAAUUACAGUUUCAUUGUCAUUUUAUUUCCAGGGAUAAGUACUGCUGUGUCCUAAAAUUCAUCACUUGCGGUCCAACAAAUGAUGUAUUAUACUGAGAUCAUUUUUAGGAAGUUUGUCAUUUUAUGAAUCUGUAUAUGGAAUUAGAAUAAAGGACAGCUGAUAAAAAUGAGAUGUAUAUUUUUAAAUUACAGUGGAGUAUAUUUGAAUAAAGAUUUCUAGACACUCUUGUUACUGGUCAUUGAUCUUGUUUGUGUACGUUACUCUAAUCUUAACUACUAACCAAAUGCUUAUUUAUCUAAAUUUAGAGAAUGUCAUUUAACUACUUGAACUGUUUAAAAAGUGUAAGUCUGGAAAAUAAAGUUAACACAUGCU